AACACAUUAGACUUUGCAAUUCCAUUCCAAUGGCUUUGAAAACUUGCUUCACUCUUCUCCACAAUUCACAACACUCUUCUUCCAGAACCUUUUCUCAAUCCCCUCUUUCAAUUCUGUUACCUGCAUUCUUCACAAUGAACCUCACAACCACAUCGUGCGUUUAUCAACAUUUUUACUAAGAGGAAGCUCAAUCCUGCUCUUCUUCUCACAACUUUUCUUUCGAGCAAUUUAUCAAACACUAGUGGUGCAUUGUUGAUGGCUCAAGAGUUGGACUUGGAGCUUCAGAGAUACACUGAUUCCAAGGAAGGUUUCACUCUUCUUAUACCCUCUUCUUGGACUAAGGUUGAUAAAGCUGGGGCAACUGCUUUGUUUCAAGAUGCAAUUAUGGGGAGCAACAACAUUGGGGUUGUAGUGAAGCCGGUUCGUCUUGCAAACCUUGGAGACUUUGGGAGCCCCGAGUUUGUAGCUGUAAGCAUUUACAAGCAGAAAGGCGUAAGGUAAGGUUCUUGUUUCCAUUGCUGGAACUUUCUAUGACCAAUGCAAAAUUUGAAUCAAGUGUUUUGAUGAUACUGAUUAGAAGAAUCUCCCUGUACUUGUACCAUAACAACAUAAGCAAAGGAAGAAUGAGCUGAAAGAUUUA